GGUCUCUAGCCUCAGUCUGGUCUGAGCAUGUAAGAUGGAACCAUAAACACAUCCUGAACUAGGCUUUACCCCAGUAAACCCCACCGCACCGAGACAUGCUACGUCCCCAUGAGCACAGCUGCGCACGUAUGUUCUUGGAUAUAUAGAUAUCGGUUCUUACAGCGCUAAUUAGGGUUGAGAAGGGAGACGAGAUGACGGCGAGGAAAGACGCUUUCCAGCCACUGUCCAGCUCUCGCAUCCCGGAGAGGAAGGGAGCGGCUGACCGGGGGAAGACUAACCCGGACUGGUCUUAUCCUUUUCCGCAACAGGAGCCGGAGAAAGGCCCUUCGACAACGGGGAUCCAUGCCCAUGUGGUGGGGGCUGUCGGGGGCUCCGGGGCCGUGGAUGAGUCUUCAGACAGCGAGGGAGAACAAGAAGGCCCGCAGAAACUCAUCCGGAAAGUGUCGACCUCCGGACAGCUCAGAAGCAAGACCAGUGUGAAAGAGGGACUGUUGCUGAAACAGACAAGCUCAUUCCAGAGGUGGAAAAAACGCUAUUUCAAACUGAGAGGACGUACACUUUACUACGCCAAAGAUGCCAAGACUGGCAGUGCCCUGGCCCGGUGGCAGGAGCGGGCACUGCGCGGCGUUUCCAGGAGUCGUGUAUGUUGGAGGGUUCUGUCCGUGUGCUGGGCAGGGCCUCGCCGCACACCACCGCCUAGCGGAUCCGACGAAGGUCUGAUGUCGAUACGGUCUCUGAUAUUUGACGAGGUGGACCUAUCAGAUGCCAGUGUGGCUGAGUCCAGCACUAAGAAUGUUAACAACAGCUUCACGGUGAUCACUCCAUUCCGCAGGCUCAUCCUCUGCGCGGAGAACAGGAAAGAGAUGGAGGACUGGAUCAGCUCGCUGAAGUCCGUCCAGUCCAGAGAGCAUUACGAGACAGCACAGUUUAAUGUGGAACAUUUCUCAGGGAUGCACAACUGGUAUGCCUGCUCCCAUGCACGCCCCACCUUCUGUAACGUCUGUAGAGACAGCCUCUCUGGCGUCACUUCCCACGGCCUGUCCUGCGAAGUGUGUAAAUUCAAAGCUCACAAGCGGUGUGCCGUCAGGGCCACCAACAACUGCAAAUGGACCACACUGGCCUCCAUAGGGAAAGACAUCAUCGAAGACGAGGAUGGGAUUGCCAUGCCCCACCAGUGGCUGGAGGGGAACCUGCCUGUUAGUGCCAAGUGUGCUGUGUGUGACAAGACGUGUGGCAGCGUGCUCCGACUGCAGGACUGGCGCUGCCUCUGGUGCAAGGCCAUGGUACACACAGCUUGUAUGGACUUGUACCCCAGGAAAUGUCCCCUGGGCCAGUGUAAAGUCUCCAUCAUCCCUCCUACUGCUCUCAACAGCAUCGACUCGGAUGGCUUCUGGAAGGCCACCUGUCCUCCGUCCUGCGCCAGUCCUCUGCUGGUCUUCGUCAACUCCAAGAGUGGAGACAACCAAGGGGUUAAAUUCCUCCGACGUUUCAAGCAGCUCCUCAACCCUGCUCAGGUGUUUGACCUGGUCAAUGGCGGACCACAUCUAGGGCUGCGUCUCUUUCAGAAGUUUGAUAACUUCCGGAUCCUGGUGUGUGGAGGGGAUGGGAGUGUCGGCUGGGUCCUCUCUGAGAUAGACAAACUCAACCUCCACAAACAGUGCCAGCUGGGAGUGCUGCCCUUGGGCACGGGAAACGACCUGGCGCGGGUGCUGGGCUGGGGCCCAUCGUGUGACGAUGACACGCAGCUUCCCCAGAUUCUGGAGAAACUGGAGCGGGCCAGCACCAAGAUGUUGGACCGCUGGAGCAUCAUGACCUACGAGAUAAAGCUCCCCUCCAAACACAGCGGGCCCGUCACGCCAGACGACACUGACGACGGCCAGUUCCAGAUCUCAGCAUAUGAAGACUCGGUAACUGCCCAUCUCACCAAGAUCCUCAACUCUGAUCAACACUCUGUGGUCAUCUCCUCCGCUAAGAUCCUGUGUGAGACAGUAAAGGACUUUGUUGCCAAAGUGGGGAAAUCUUACGAGAAAAGUAUUGAGAAUACAGACGAGUGUGACACUAUGUCUCUCAAAUGUGCCAUCCUGAAUGAAAAGCUAGAUUCACUCCUCCAGACCCUCAACACAGAAGCCCAGUCACUCCCACCACCUCCUCCGCUUUCCACGCCACCAAUCGUUGAAGAGGAGGAAGAGGAGGAAGACGAGGAGGAGGAGGUGAGCGAGGAGUCGUUGACCGAGCUGAAGGAGAAACUGGAAGCGGAGGAGAGCGAAAAGGGAGGAGAGAAAGGAAGAGGUUCGCCACACAAGCUGUUCAGAGCUAAAGAACAGCUGAUGUUACGAGCCAACAGCCUGAAGAAGGCUGUACGACAGAUCAUUGAACAGGCCGAGAGAGUGGUGGAUGAGCAGAAUGCCCACACAGAGGAGCUGGAGCUGCCGUCCCCUUUGGAGUUCAGGAAGGAAGGAGAGGAGGACAACAGGGACAGUGAGAAGGACGAGGACACCAAGGAACUGGAAGCCGUGCCAUUGGCUAAGAGUCCAUGUUCUCCUCCUGAGAGGCAUGUAAGUCGCAGCAGCCAAUCCUGUGGCUCGUUCUCCAUCACGCCCUUCACCACCAGCAAGGAGAACCUGCCUGUACUCAACACACGCAUCAUCUGCCCUGGUUUGCGUGCUGGUCUGGCAGCCUCUAUAGCCGGUAGCUCCAUCAUCAGUAAGAUGCUGCUGGCCAACAUCGACCCAUUUGGUGCUACGCCCUUCCUGGACUCAGACCUGGACUCACUAGAGGGCUUUAGUGAGAAGUGUGUCAUGAACAAUUACUUUGGCGUUGGGCUGGAUGCUAAGAUCACCUUGGAGUUCAACAACAAGAGGGAGGAACACCCAGAGAAGUGCCGGAGUCGUACUAAGAACAGGGUGUGGUAUGGUGUUCUGGGCACCAAGGAGCUCCUCCAGAGAACCUACAAGAACCUAGAACAGAAGGUUCAACUGGAGUGUGACGGUCAGUACAUCCCCCUGCCCAGCCUUCAGGGCAUCGCGGUGCUGAACAUCCCCAGCUACGCUGGAGGAACCAACUUCUGGGGAGGCACCAAGGAGGAUGACAUCUUCUGUGCCCCGUCGUUCGAUGAUAAAAUCCUGGAGGUGGUAGCAGUGUUCGGCAGUAUGCAGAUGGCUGUGUCCAGAGUCAUCAAACUACAACACCACCGCAUAGCACAGUGUCGCUCAGUGAAGAUCACGAUCCUGGGAGAUGAGGGUGUUCCUAUCCAAGUGGAUGGAGAGGCCUGGGUACAACCUCCUGGUGUCAUCAAGAUCCAACACAAAAACCGAGCCCAGAUGUUGACCAGAGACAGGGCGUUUGAGAACACUCUGAAGUCGUGGGAGGACAAGCUGAAGUAUGACAAACUGCCCCUGCGGCCUCACCUCUACUCCCAGCAGUCUGUGGACCUGGCCACUGAGGAGGAGGUAGCCCUCGUACAGCUGGUUGCCCGUGCUGCGGACGAGCUCAUCACCAGGAUCUGUGAGGCAGCCAAGACCAAUGGGCUACUAGAGCAGGAGCUUGCUCACGCCGUCAACGCCUCGUCACAUGCCAUCAACAAGACGCACCCCAAGUUCCCAGAGAGUAUGGCCAGGAACACAGCUAUAGAAGUAGCCAGCAAUGUGAAGGCUUUACACAACGAGACUGAAUCCCUUCUGGUGGGACGGGUAUCACUGCAACUGGAACCAUCAGAUGAAGAGUCUUUAUCCAGUGCUCUGCAGAGUGUGGAGAUGGAGCUAGGCAAACUCGUGGAUAUCCCCUGGUUAUACCAUAUACUGCAGCCCAAUGAAGAUGAGGACCCCUCAUUAGAGUAUGGCAAGAGGAACAGUCGUAGCAGCAUGUUCAGAAUUGUGCCAAAGUUCAAGAAAGAGAAAGCUACCAAGAAGACCAGCCCUCAGUCAGUGGAGAGAUGGGGCACAGAGGAAGUGGGCGUCUGGCUGGAGCAACUCAGUCUGGGAGAGUACAGAGACACCUUCACACGGCACGACAUCCGAGGCUCGGAACUGCUGCACCUGGAGAGGAGGGACCUGAAGGUACACACACACACACACACACUCAAACAUAAUACACACACACACGCUAAUGCAUACACACACACACACACACACACACACACACACACACACACACACACACACACACACACACACACACACACACACACACACACACACCCGUUACCUCAUCUAUCCCCAGAUCAACUCUCUUUCUCUCUUCCUCUCCGUUUCUUUCCAUCUCUUUCUCUCUGGUUCUGUUGGCCGUUAGUUGUCUCCCUGUUUGCUACUCUGUGCUGCACUGCUCUGCUUGGCUUCCUCUGUGUGUGAGAGUGUUGCUUACCUACCGCAGGAGACUGGCUGCAACUCACUAACCCCCCAGUCUCCAAUGGUACUGUGUGCGAACUGGGAAUGGGACA